CAAGCAGCUGAUGAAACGGGCAGGCCAUUUUAUCACUUUGCGGAUAAUAGACCUUCAAUCGUACGCACAAUUGCACUUUUACCAAUGAAUCUUCUUCGGUUUGCCUUCAGGCCUGUAGAGUCAUGGCGGAGGCAAAAGGUUCUUGCAAACAGGACGGCGAGGACUUGUGCUCUGAUUGUCACAGCAGCAGCGGCGGCAGCGGCAACAGCGGUGGCAAUGACAGCGGCGGUGGGGACCACCACCAUCCCCCGGCACAUGGAACUGUCAGGCCGGCCGUCACCGAUGUUAGGUUGAGCGAGAAGGAUCCCGACGAUCACGUCGGUUAUUCCGGCUCCAGGCACGGCGAAGAACUUCUCCGGGAAAGCUAUGGCUAUGGCGAGGUUGCGGACGUGAUGGACGUCAUCAAGCUGGUGCGGCAGAAAAUUACGGAAGGGCAGGUUGGAAUCCGGUCUGCCAUGCAGGUUGUGGAGAACGCGUUCAGAACCUGGCGCCGGGUCGGGAACGGCGGUGAAACUCCCCAAGUUGCGUUGUUUCUUACAGAGUUAUGGCGGGGGGUAUUUAUGCCCAAGCCAUGGGAGAAGCGGGCCGUGUUUUCGUCACCGGAUUCGCUUGAGCAGACCCUGUCACCUUCUUCGUCCUUCAACGAAGUAGAAGCAGCAUUUUGUGAGUGCUUCGUGCAGAGGUACAGGCAGCCAUACGCGCCGUCGGGCAGAAUGAACGCACUGCGAACACUCCUUCGCCUCAYUGACAAGGCCUGCGACAGCAACCUCCUCUACCUUCUUCCCCUAAGAGCCGUUUCACUGCUAGACAUACAGAUGCUUUGCUACUGUCGGAAUCAGCGCGACCAAGAAUGGGAGGUGGAGAGUGGAAUGCUCGAUGCCUACGACCCCGACGACAGCGGCGUGCCGACGAGAACCUCGGGCGAGACGUGGAAACGACUCUCAUCGUUUUCACACUCCGACGUCGUUGAGCUUAUCCAGCCGUCAGAGUCCGACGUCGUGGACCUUCCGCAGCCUCCUCCGCACCUCGCGGAAGGAGAUACUACAGCUCCAACCGCCUCGCGGUCUCCAGAAGAGUUACGGCUGAUGAGCGUUGAGUUGAGCGUACGCCAGCAGCUCUUUGGAAUCUGCAAGGCUAUGGAAUUCACCUGCGCAAGUAAGCUCGCUCAAGUUUUCAGCUUUAGGACCCCCAAUCUUGUGCUAAGGGCUAUUCGAGCUACCGAGGAGCGAAUUGCUGAGGCUGAGAGGCUGGGGCUGCAAGAGGAGGUAUUCCAAGGACUUUACGAUCUGGCGUUGCUAGGCAGUGAGGAGACUGAGACUGGCGAAUGGACGACCCGAAGGUGCACGGCGCUUUUCAUAAGAGUCAUAUGCUUCUGUAAUGUCAAGGGGUAUCACGACUGGGGGGUGCUGGCUUACCUCAAGAUGUGGCUCGUUCGGCAAUCGGCCGCAGACGCAGUUCAUCUCGAUCGCAUGAGGUGUCGGAGUCCAGUCUUGAGGUAUGCCCGGCAACUGGUGGACAGCAAUCCCGACUGCAUGAAGGCUUUGCUCACGGAGUUAAAAUUAGCUGCCGACGUGGCUGCCAGUCUCUUUGCUCUUCAGCUUCAUGACAGGUCCAAGGCGGAGCUGAAGAACGCCUUGAGACUCUUCAACUACAUUUCCCAUGCCUUCGGGGACUCUUCCACGUGGUACUCGUUGGAAGACACCGGCUUCCUUUGGGCAGAGUGCAAUGAGUGCCUCGGUGGGGUGUCGAUAAACCAUGGUAUGUUCAGAGAGAGUCUUAAAUUCUAUCAGAAUAGCAGAGAAGCUUGGGAGAAGUUGCACCAGCUGACGUUAUUUCGAGGAACAAGUUUGUUGAUUGCGGAAUCGCAGCCAAUCCCAGGAGGCAGGGACCCUGAGGAGCUGCUGGGCAAGGCCAUCGAGAAUCUCCAUGAGAUGAAGAGUAGAGGGGUGACCGCCGCGGAUGAGGUAGGCGUGACCACCGUCGAUGAUUUAAUACGCCGGCUCAAUCUGCGUAUGCGAUUAAAAUGUAUAAGACGGAGAGUGGGAUUGCUCAGCAGUGUGCGAGAGGCGACCCCGAUUGACGUAAAGGAGGAGGUGAUGGUCCUGGCCUCUGGUGAGAAACACAAAGUAGUGGGGAUUGUCGCUCGUCUCCAUGAUGUGAUCGAGGAAAAGGAGAUAGCUGCGCAGUUGAGAAUGGUGGCCCUGACUCUCUUCAAAGAGCAGCAGAGGGCUGCAGGGAAGUUCUCGGAGGUCUAUCAGUCACAAUAUGGAGAGACAGAAGCAGCUCAAUUCCGUAGUGUGCAGAUGGACUGCAUAACUCGGCGUAGAAUUUCCGAUUCCUUCGUCUGGAGUGAAUGGUCACGUCAUGGGUUCCUCUCCACCGUCCUGAUGGAUGUAAAGACCGAGAGUCCUUCCGCCGAUGGUGCUGGCAGCAGCAGCAGCAGCAGCAGCGACAGCGGCAGCAGUAGCAGCAGUGGCUGCAGCAGUACCAGCGACAGCAGCAGUAGCGGCAGCAGCAGUAUCAGCAGCAGCAGUAGCAGCAGUGGCAGCAGCAGCGGCAGCAGCAGUAGCAGCAGCAGUAGCGGCAGCAGCACUAGCAGCAGCACUAGCAGCAGCACUAGCAGCAGCACUAGCAGCAGUAGCAGCAGCGGCAGCAGCAGUAGGGACGCCAGUAGCAGCAGCAGCAGCAGCAGUAGCAGCAGCAGUAGCAGCAGCAGUAGCAGCAGCGGCUACAGCUCAAACGAGUGUUCUUUCAAGUGUGAGUCGGGAGUACAAUCAUUAUACAAGAAAUACAAGAGUGUUUCUCCAGGGGCUCCUAUGCGUGAGGGGCUAAAUUACAGGAGCAUUCUUGCCGAGCGUUUCGAGUCGUACAAGUGUACGACACUGAGAAUGAUCAUGGCGGGUUGCCGCUUGUGUGGCCCAAGGACAACGCUGAUCGAGUAUCAUUACACCGCACCAGACAUUGGAAAGGAAUCCGAUUCCGAGGAGCUCCUGAUCUCUGUCAUUACCAUCGAGGAUCGCAAGCUGGCUUGCGCUCACUUAAGGUACAAAAUGUCGGAUGGUGUGCAAUUCCACUUGCAGCGGCUGAAAGAACUGAUGGAGUCGCAUCCUUCGGGACGUGCAAGUUGUUCUUCGUGCGAUUCGUUCGAUCUUCGACAGCAGCGGACCGCCGAUUCCUUAUCGUCGGACUCGGUGCCACACUCGGGCUGCUCGGCAUCCAGUUGUCAUCAGCAGGCCGCUAUCGCAACCUCCAGUAAAGGAGAGGGAUCCCGACUCCCCUUUGCGCUGUUAAGGGACGCUCGACGACCCUCGAAGCCGUAUCUAAUAGAGCGUCAUACCGUGGCGACUGUGCCUGGAGUUCAUCUUCUUCCUCUGCUCAAGGAGAGGAGUGAAGAUCUGCUCAACAACAUGAUGUGCCCUCCGUCUGUUCGCGCAUCCUCGUCUGAAGGACUUGCUGCUGCUGCAGUCGGAGGGGGAACGAAAAGGGAGGAGCAUAGGCAUAGUGCUUGGAAAUCCCUCGUUGUUGGUAAUCCCCUGGUUAUGUCCGAGGACUUUGAUGUGGAAGAUAUUGCUUACGCCGGAGAGGAGGCGCAGACAAUCCACGACAUGCUUCGCUCUGGAACCGCCACACUCCUCACUGGAAGGCAUGCCACCAAGGCUCGAGUGAUGGAUGCACUCUCACGCGGGCCUCCGCUUGCACACUUCGCAGCGCAUCUGAAGGCUGGUUCUCCCAGGGAAAUAAGUGAUAGGAAAGAUGUAUAUGGUGCGGAGAUGGGGAUUAUGCCGCUUGCGCGUGACACUGAUGACGGCCAUCACUCGCCGACUAGGGAAGGAGGGGAGGCUGACAUGCAUAUCAUCAUGAUCGACGACAAGUCGGCAAACAAAAACAGACCAGGUGCAGAUGGAGCUCCUCCUCCUCCAUCUGCCAGCCAACCUGGUCCGGAGUUCUGGCCGUGGUCUUCUUCAGAUGAAGCCACGAAGAAGGCAAGGCUGCGCCUCGCCGAUGCACAUCUCAAGGAGGGGGGAAGCAACAUCGGAAUCAGAUCUCGAUAUGCUGCUGGAGGGUCUCUCACACAUCGACCCUCUAAAGAAUCACGAGGACGGGACUUGUCCAGGUCGUCAUUAUCAUCCUUCAGCUCUGUCAGCUGAAGAAAUUCUUGAGAGCUUCAGAAAUGACUUGAGAACGCUCCUGGUAGUCUUAGGCUGCUGCGACUCCUCCAAGGGUCCUCGCCACCCCGACGAA